CACCAGGGGGCGCCCGCGGCCUCUCUGCAGCGGCGGCGGCAGCAGCGGGGGAAGAUGGCGGCGGCCGCCCCCGAGCAGCAAAGUUCUAAUGGCCCAGUGAAGAAGUCUAUGCGAGAGAAGGCUGUGGAGCGCAGGAACGUUAAUAAGGAGCACAACAGUAACUUCAAAGCAGGAUACAUUCCAAUUGAUGAAGACCGUCUCCAUAAGACAGGGUUACGUGGCAGGAAAGGGAACUUGGCCAUAUGUGUGAUUGUUGUUCUUUUUAUUUUGGCCGUCAUCAAUCUGAUUAUUACCCUGGUUAUCUGGGCAGUGAUUCGAAUCGGUCCCAAUGGUUGUGACAGUAUGGAAUUCCAUGAGAGUGGCUUGUUACGGUUUAAGCAAGUGUCUGACAUGGGUGUUAUACAUCCCUUAUAUAAAAGCACUGUAGGAGGGAGACGGAAUGAAGAUUUGGUGAUCACUGGGAAUAAUCAGCCUAUUGUAUUUCAGCAAGGAACAACCAAGCUUAGUGUGGAAAAAGACAAAACUUCUAUAACCAGUGAUAUUGGCAUGGAAUUUGUUGACCCACGGACACAAAAUACCUUGUUCAGCACGGACUAUGAAACUCAUGAGUUUCAUCUGCCAAAUGGAGUUAAAAUCUUGAAUGUACAAAAGGCCUCUACAGAGAGGAUUACCAGCAAUGCGACCAGUGAUCUAAACAUAAAGGUCGAUGGCCGUGCUAUUGUCCGUGGAAAUGAAGGUGUUUUCAUUACAGGCAAGACCAUUGAGUUUCGAAUGGGUGGUAACAUGGAACUUAAAGCAGAAAACAGCAUUAUCCUGAAUGGAACUGUGAUGGUCAGCCCAUCACGACUGCCAAGUUCUUCCUACGGGGAACAGUUCAAUAAUGGCAACUGGCUGCGUUUCAAGCUCUGUAUGUGUGCGGAUGGGACACUGUUCAAGGUUCAGGUGACAGGUUAUAACAUGGGCUGUCAGACCUCUGUCAAUCCAUGUGGAGCCACACACUAAAGCAAACCACUGCCAGGAGAGUUCUCUUUGGUGUUUACAUGCAUUUGUAUGAAGUAAUUGCAUGCCUUCAAGGAUUUCUGUUUUUACAGCAGUUUAUACUAACAUUUCUUACAUAACAUUUUUAAGGAAAGGCUGUUAUGGUCAGAAGUAUUAUGUUAUCAUCCUGCUAGCUGCAAGAGUGGCACUGAUUCAGUAAGCUUUCAGGGUACGUGCACACUGAAGUACCUUCUUGAAUAUAUUUAAAGAACAUGAUCUUAGCAACAACAUUUACUGCCUUCAGUUGCCUUUAGAGGUUUUUGUCCUACGUCCCAAGACCUCGAGGACUGCUGACAACAUGACUGUGAUCUGAAGUACUUCAAGAGGAAUGUCAACUUGUUGCUGGAAGUGAGUUUGCCUAGGAUGGCUGAAGUGGCAGAUUUUUGUCUCCUCUCCAUUUCCUGUUGAUACAAUGAUUUCUCCCAAACUUACGUGGUUUACCAGAUGCAUACUAAGUGAGGGGUAAUGGCAGAUUCACUUUAAAAUAUCGUAUUAUUUCUGCCAUUUAUUCUCAUGUGAUUAAAAAAUCAUAAAUCAUAUUUGCAAAGUAAUACCGAGUGUGCAAAUGUCACUUGAAUUUUGAAACAGUCUUGCAGUUAUUCAAGUGUUGCUUGAGCUCCCAUUCUCUCUGUACUGUUAAGGCAUUCUGCAGGUGCUUAAUUUAUGUGAAGUAUUUAUAAAACAUGUUUAUAUUAGAAAUACAUUUUUAAAGACAUAACUUGCUCACUACCCAAAAAUAGUGUUUUCCUGGGUGCUUUAAUGUGAAUAGUGUCUUGAGUAAUAACCUAAAGCAUGACUGUUGCAGCAGUGUCUGAGAUCAUUUCUCUUUACCCAUAAAGGUCAGUACAGAUGCGUUACUCAAAACCUUAGAGUUAAAUUCUGAAGUUAAACUGCAGGUCUGUAAUUCUAAAUGUGAUGGUAUGACAGCAGAGUAUAUACAUGUGUAUUGGAAUCUGUCAGCAGUGGAAGUGUGGUGAACUGGGGCCUAUUGCAGCCUUGUAACUGCUUUUGCAGCAGUAAGAUGUUUUGUGCUAAAAAAUAGACCAGCUAUUUAUAAGACUGCUCCUUUCCCCAUCCCACAUAUUUCUUCAGUUUAAAAUAGCUUUUUAAUGUUUUACAGUAGCAUCAAAUAACCUUAAUAAUGGAGGCCACAAAGGUGACUUUGCAACAAGCUUUUCUAGAUAAGAACACAUUUCUUUUUCUAAAUGUUGUGCGAAUGUUACAAGUUAACUUCAAAACUGGUCAUUUGUUCUGCGAAGAUAAACUAUCUACCCUUGUUUUACAGCACUCAAAGUACAUAGAAGUCCAUAAAAUACAAACCAGCUUCUGCUGUAACAGGAACUUCACAUCUAAGGUCCCAAUUCCUAAAUUUACUGGAAGUCAGCAAGUCUUCAGGCAGGAUGUGUAUGGGAGAAAGUGAUUUCUGGAGGGGGAUCCUUAAGUCAGGUAUUAUACCACAGGAAGUCAGAGUGGUUGUUUCUGUCACUGCUCAAAGGCAAAGCUGGAUUUUGAUGCUCAGUAAUUGUUGGGGUUUUGAGGCUGCACAGCGCUGGAGCUGUUCUGACAAAAUCAGAAUAAGCAGAAUAAAAUGUAGCAAAAGACACUGAGUUGCUCACGUUAAAGAUUAUGGGGAAGUACUAACAUUUUGCGUAAUGCCUUCAUGAACUUCAUAGUUUUACUAGAGUUAAUAGUUAUUAAACACUUUUCACACCCAUUUUGCUGAAAACGUGCACUUAUCUUUACUGCGAAGCAGUGCCUCAUUUAGCAUUUAGUUACAGUUAAGAGGAGGAAAUAAACAUUUUUUAUAAUUCUCACUCUCAUGCUAAUGGAAGUUCGUCACUUUAUUUUUAUAUAUAUCUACAUACAUAUAUAAAUACAUUUUAAAAAGAUCAGUAUCCUCAAAGCCGAAGUAGAUCUUGCAAAUGACAGAUACUGCCUUGGUCAAGUAGGUUACACACAAAGAGCAUACUUAAGCUCUUCCCUGAUUAAUACUGACAUGCCUAUAUGCUAGUAUUGGAUUCUUGUAAUUAUCAAGAGUUCAUUUUAAAAGACUGUAUGCAGUGUAGCUUACAGAUUUGUCACAAAGGUACUCUUAAAUCAUGGUCUGGAGAAUUGAUUUUGAAGUGUGAAUAUUUUUGGUUGAAGUGUAGCAAAACCAAUAAUACAAAUAACAAAUGAAAUAAAUUAUCAGUUUGCUACCCACUGUUUAUGUAUUGCUAAUACGUUUAAUAUUUAUAUUACAUAGUUUGAGAAAUGUUGGCAACACACACGCCUUGUGUUGUCCAUUUACUUGUACGUCUUGUAACUAACUGCCUAAGGUACAUUUUUUUAUAUGUAUUUAAAACAUAUCAUGUGGCACAUUAUUUCAGUCCCACAGAUGCACUCAAGAUUCUGUGUGUUUAAAGUGCAUUCUACAUGCCUCUGUAAAAUGCCAUACUGGGUACGCUGAAACAACUUGCAUGUGAAGAGUUCUCAGCAUAUGUAAAGGUGGUAGUUGUUUCAAUGGGUGAAAGACAAUAGAAUUUCUAAUCUUUGUUUUGAAAUGAAACAAUAAAUUCUAAGAUGCA